CGGGUCCGCGGCAGGUAUCGCGCCCCGUCCUACCGGUUCAACGAUAAAACGAUCGAACGAACGCCACCGUCAAACGAACUAUAUUGUAUUCUUAGCACCACGAACAACAAGACAGUUUUUAAACACUAACAGUGCGGUUAGAGUGUGCACGGUUUGGAAACAGCCGAGGAAUGCGUUCGUAAACUUCUCCUUAAGUGCAUAGCGGUAUCGCGGAACCAGAUUUUAAGUCCUCAAUGUAUUGAAAGUAGCUUUUCUGUUGUUUGUUUAGUCAACCUAUGCUCAUAUUUUAUAUUGAACGCCUAGACUGCAGUGACGACCGAGCUUAAGGACUAAAGGUAGCAAUCAUCAAUGCCACCAUGCAGGCAACACGAGAAUCAAGUAGACAAAAAAGAUGUAACAAAAGGCGAAACUCUAGAAAGAAAUCCCUAUCGCCGUCCGACUUGAAAUGCAUUAGGGGAGACGCAAAAACAGAUAACAAGCUGAACGGAAAGCGCUCGCUAUCCGAGGGUUCAGUGAAAGUGAAGCAUAGGAAAAGUAAUAUACGACGAACUUUGACCCAUCCGUUUACGUGUUCGGACGACAUUCGCGAUGUUAGCAUGAUCGGUGUGUUCAAUAGAAGUGUUAAAGUGGAUCCUCCCCCGGAGAGUGACGAGUCUAAUCUGCCACCUACCAGUAGUGAUAGGGACACGGAGGAUGAUGGACGUCUGUCACGGCCGGCUCCGCAGAGGUCGCGGUGGGAUUCCGGGAGUGAGAUGGACUCACUCGUGUCGACCGUCGUCAGGAGAGCGUCUGCGAGGCGCCGCAGGACGCCGGCAAACCCAGAGUGGGGCGUCAACAGUGAACCGGGCGAGGCAAGCGAACCGGAGGCCGGUCGUAUGCGUCCCGAGGACUACCGCCUCGUGUUCCUGAGCUCAGACUCAUCGUGUCGUGAGGACACGGAAGACUCAUCGUCCACGGCCUCCUCAGCCGCGCCGCCCGCGCCCGACGACUGUGACUGGGACUACUUCGAGCCGGGCGCGUCGGCGGCGCACCCCAUCCCACCGCCUACCAAACACGCGCCACAGGCUUGCCCGCGACCUUGCUCCUGCGGCGCCGAGCCCCGAAUAGUCGCGGUCCCAGUGCCCGUCCCCGUACCCGUGCCCGCCGCUCUCUGGCCCGCUCUACUCGCCUUCCCCACGCAGACUCCACCCACGCCACACUGGAACACGUACCCCGGCUUAGCGCCUCUAGAUGCCGCAACCCUUGCUCGCCUCACUACGGCCGCAGCCGUCGCCGUCACCGCCGCUGCCACUGCCACCGCCUCCGCUGUUGCUCCACAAACAAUUAAACUCGAGAUGACCACCGUCGAAAGGACUGAUAAAGCGAUACAGUCCGAAGCGUCACAAGCGCCGGAGCCCCGCGAUAACGAUAACAUUGAUAAGGAUAUCGAACGGCCAGUAGAAAAUGAGGCGUCAGUCGGAAUCAAGGUGAUUGCCGAGGAGGACUCUUUGUCUUUAUUAUCAGAUCCAGCAAAUGCUAUGCCCGAUCACUUGGAAGCGGAGAAAGCUUUCCCCUCGUCAAACGAAUCGGGUGAUUCAAGCGAUUCAGAGCAGGGCGUAGCUCGAAGAAGUUACGACCUGACAAGUGGCGCUCCUGAGGAACCUGCGACAUCAGACGAGGACUCCGAUGAUUCAGGAGGUGGUGGUGGCAGGUUUUCACGAGUAUUUGUUGUGAACCCAGCAGAUUCUUCUUCAGACUUAGAAGAUAGCGCUGACAGUAGUGGCAUUGAUUGUGAUGAUUCCUAUGACAAGAAAUCGGAUAGUUUAGAAAUAAUCGCCGUUGAAGUACCCGAAAACAAUCAAGUAAACGUUAGUGCCGAAUCAAAUGAAAGUUUUUCACCAAUAUCCGAAAACUCCAAUAUUGUACUAUUGGAUUCAGUUAAUUUCACGGAAGAGUAUUCAGUUGUUCCUUACGAAAAUAAUAGUGAUGACGACAGUAGCCAUGGUGAGCCCAGAAGAACGAACUUUUUCAAGUUUUGUGACGAAAAUAUGCUUCAAAGUGAAACGUGUGAAAAAUUUAACAGUUUUAAUGCAAGUUGUAGCUCGAGCAGUAAUGAUCCAGAUAAGAAAAAUAACACAGAUAGUGACGUUAAUCGAUAUCAAAGUAUAUCAUCUGAAAACACCGACUACGAUUCAUUGGCGGACGUGAAAGUAAAGUUCUCGGUAGAAUUAGCUAACGAGAGACAUAAUAAUAACGAGUUAAUUUCGUCCGAAAUUUCCCCGGACUCAUUAACUAAAUUAGCACCCUCACCGGAGCCCAAACACGAUAACACAAGUUCAUCGUCCGCAGAAAAAAUAGACCUGUUUAAAGGUAUUGAACGCACUCUCAGUGAACUAUUGAAGAAAGAAUUAAUGGAGGACCAAGAGGAGGAGAAAAUGCACGGCGUCGGGCCGGUUUGCUCGGACGCGGAGGGGAGCGCGUGCGCACCUGCCGCGACAACAGUUUGCCGCUCGCGUACGGCUCGUGCGGACGGCUCCGCGCGCUUCACUAGCCGCGUUAUGAUAACACACGACCGCGUCUCCGUGGUCACGUCAGACACGACGCGGCUUAUGCGGGAAGUUAUAGUGCAUCACACCAAUUCACAGAGUGAAUCGGACCCGAACCCGGACGUGCAACAAGACGAAACAGACGAACGAAUAUCCGACGACGAAACGCCGCAGCCUUCGGGCGGAGUGACUGUUGUUAGCAAUGCCGACACUCUCUCGGCGGUCGUGUGCCUCGAGGAGGGGCUGGCAGACGAUGACUCGUGGGUCGAGGACGUCAGCCACAACGAGGACGAGGCCACCUCGCCUUCUGACACAGACUCCGGGGAUGAAGCCUCGCUCCCCAUGCGGGGAGAAGAAUUUGCUUACUGCAGGCGUUCCAUAGACUUCACUUUACACACCAUCGUUGAAGAAAGCUGCGAAGAAAGCGAAACGGAACAUACUACGAAAAAACAACGGCCUAUAUCAGCCACGGAGUUAGAGAAAUACUUUUUCUUCGGUUUGGGUGACGGCAGAAAUGUUCGUGACGAUGAGGAAGCAGUGUCGGAAACGUCAAGUGUGUGUAGUGAAGGUGGUGAAUCUAUUGUUGAUAAUGAGCAACCUAAAAGAAGUGGUGAUAAUGAUGAUCUAGUGUCGUCACGGUUGGAAAAAUAUUUUCUAUCUGGCUUUAUGGGCUUUAAUCAAGAAAGGCGUGAUUCGGAUGGAUCUGGCAGUGUCGGCAGUGAUAGUGAAGGCAGACAAAGCCCUGAACAGCGAAGAAAGCGUUUAGUACGUGCCCGUGGUACUCCCCGGUCGCAUUCGAAUUCGCUUGACAACUUGUUGACGGGGGACGAACCAUCGCAGGAUAAUCAAGAAGUGUCCGAUGCUUCAAGUACAGAGACAGAGGACAGACAUGACUCUUCUGAACGGCUCGAUAUGCAAGGCGAGUCAAAAAGAAAAAAACAAAACAAAAAACCACGUGGAUCUCCCGCCGACGAACGAAGACAAUCAGCUGAGUUUACCGAAGAAACGCGUGAUGAUACUAGAUCUGUUUCUGAAGGUGAAGACGGUAGAUUAUCACCCCGACCCGAAUUCCCACCGCUUGGAUCUGAACUGUCUGAAUCUAAAAAACAAACCAGUAGAGAUAGUGGUUUCGUCGGUAGUUGCGAUGACCUACUCAGGAAUGGAGAUUCUAGUUCCGAUUUUACACGAUCUCAUGAACCUAAAGUAGAAUUAGAGGAAAUAAUUGAAGAAAUCCGACCUGAUAUCGAAGAACGUGUGGAAGUUCCACCGUCAUCCCGCCCGCCUCAAAGUCCAUUAGUACGUAAAGAUAGCUUUAAUAAUUGGUCGUCUGAUGAAGAAACAAAUCUUAUGAUGACAAAAAUGCGUCAAUUUUUCAAACAAAUGAUACACACGACCAAUGUUCGCACAUCUACUCCGGCAUCAUCGAACUCGGAGAGUUCUCGUCCACCAAAACCGCCUCAACUACUUUAUUUUGAAAGUGAAUUAACGAGAUUAAUGAAAACAGUUCCGGGUAUCCGCGACGAAGAAGUGCGUGAAAUAGUUGAGUAUUUAUCAAGUGAAGAUACGUGGAGUGAUUCAUACGACUCGUCCGAUUACGCCGGCUCUGAUUUGGAGGGCACAACAGCUGGUACGAGAUCUGCGCUACGUAAACAAAUAUCUGAUAGUUGCCGCGAAAUAAUUGAUGAAUUCGAUCGAGGCAAUAACGAUGCGGGCUCGUUAGAGCGCGAUGCAGUUGGAGCGUAUCGAAGGCUGGCGGCAACGCUAGGCCGCGCCGGGGAAGGUUCACCACCGUUGUUCGGAAAAGUGAUGAGGCAUAUAGGUGGCAGACUAGUGGCAUUAAUGCAUGAAGUGUCGGGCGGUGCUUCGCCGAGCACAGACGAGGACAGUGCGUCCGAGCCGGGGGCGUUGGCGCGGAGUCGAUCUCAUGAUAUAUUAGAAGCAACGGCGAGUAGGGGUAGCGUCGCGAGUGAUUGUGAAAGAUUUUCGUGGCGUGGUAGUUUUGAAUCGGCCCUACUAGCGGCCGAUUCUCGUGGCACGUUAGGAGGUGGUGGUGAAUCACGUCGGUCACCGGCCGGCGCUGAUUUAGCUGCACAGAAAUCACAUUCCCGGAGUUGUGGAGCAAUUGGUGGUAGCGAGGACAGACUGUGGCGGGGGAGACGACGAGCCUCCGCGCCAGAUGCUGAGUCGGAAGAAGAACAACGCGCCGGCUCACUGCCCCGGCUUCCAUCCAUCACGGGCACGAACACAGUACCGGCUGGUCCGGUGAAGUCGGCCCGGUAUCGCGCGCCCGGUUUCCGCACGGCCACCCGGGCGGCAUCAGCCCCAGGGUUACACGCGCCACGAAGACGCAGGCCUCCGCCCACGCCGCUGCAACCGCCACCAGCUGCGCCCGCGUCUGCACCCAGCCUGCAAGAUGAGGUCUACAUGUCGGAGUCGGUAUCGCCCAACCAUGCAACGUUGCCUAGGAGGUCGAACUCACCUCACCACGAGAGGGAUAUGCUCGACAGAGAUAGAUUCUCCCUCAACAGGAGCGGCCUACAGGUUCGUUCGGAGUCCAUGGCAUCGGUAUACUCUGGUGCCGGGGAAGGCACUCGGGCCAACGUGACGAUACGAGGCGAGGUGCAGAUCUCACUGCUGUACAACUACAGGCUGGGAGCGCUAGAGGUCGGCGUGAAGAGGUGUCGAGAACUGGCGCCUGUGGACGUCAAGCGGAACCGAUCCGAUCCUUAUGUUAAGGUGUACUUGUUACCGGACAAGUCCAAAGCUGGCAAGAGGAAGACGAAGGUAAAGAAGAACACUCUGAACCCCGUGUUCGAGGAGACGCUCAGCUUCGUUCAGCCGCUGGCCUCGCUGUCCGCGCGGACACUGUGGCUCAGCGUGUGGCACGCGGACAUGUUCGGCCGCAACGACUUCCUCGGCGAGGUCACGCUGCCGCUGGCCGAUGUCGUGUUCGACGACCCCGCGCCCAUGUGGUACAAGUUGCAUGAGAGAACGGAACAAUUCGACGAGCAGCAAGGCAGUCGCGGCGACCUGAUCAUCGGGCUGAAGCUCGAGCUGACGGACGGCGCCCGCGGCAAGGGCACUCUGCACGUGCUCGUCAAGGAGGCCAAGAACCUCGUCGCCACCAAGCCUAAUGGACUCGCUGAUGUCUUUUGUAAAAGCUACCUCCUCCCCGAACGCGGUCGGCUAGCCAAGCAAAAGACGGCCGUAGUACGUAGGACCCUGUCCCCGCGCUGGGAGCACACGUUCACGUACCGCGGCGUCACGCUCGGCGAGCUGGCGGCGCGGGCGCUCGAGCUGUCGCUGUGGGACCGCGACCGACUCGCGUCCAACGACUUCAUGGGCGGAGUCCGCCUGUCGCUCGGCACUGGCACAUACAUGGGCGCUAACGUGAACUGGAUGGACAGCGUCGGCAAGGAGGUGACGCUGUGGCAGACCAUGAUGCAGCGACCCAACUUCUGGGUCGAAGGCUCGCUGCAGCUGCGGCCCAAUCUCAGCAACUGAACUAUACGUCAUAUGGGCAGUUCUAUAGAAAACAACACUAGGUGACGCUGCUCCUACAUUGGGUAUUGCCUUAUGUCGAAUAUACGUCAGAUAAUGAUGUCGUGCCAAUUUCGUGUAAGCGUUGUUACGUGUAAAGCAGUUGUAAUUAAAUCGGUAAUCUUAAUUCUUGACAAUCACCUUCAUGUACGUGUGGCGCCAUCUAAGUGUUGCGAAUUGUAACACCUAUUGAUAGCGAGAUUUUCUUUUUUUAUUUCCAUUAUUUUAUCCUUUGGCAGUGACUUACUAUGGGUUUUAUACAAUCUUGAUUCAAAAUCCAAAUUAUCUAUUAUUUUCAUAUUGAGGUGACGGUAACGAAUAGUUUAAUUAUUUCAUAGAAUUGCCCACCUGUUUUCGUCUUGUGUGUCUCUAACUUUUAUAUAAUAAGUAUUAGGGAAAUUAACUGAAUACAUAAACUACGUAUGUAUAAAUCACAUGACAUCGAAAUCUAUACAAAGUAUUGUAAACGAAAUCGGCGUUUGUAUACUGUUCUAUACUUUAUUUUGUAAUACUAUUUCUUAUACUUUGAUACUCUUUUAUACUUAUAUACUGUACUUCUGUACCCAAACUUUUUCUGUGGUUAUAAGUGCCAAUAAAUUACUCAUGAAAACUAUAUGUACCUACCUAUUUUAUACUUAAUUAUUUCAUAAGUAUUACAUCAUACAAAAUAUUUACUUGUUCGAUAUUUAGAUGCCUAAUUUUGAUAUAUAACAUUCCAUGAUGAAUAUUUUAUUAAAAUAAUAGCUUUAAGUAUCUAAUGACAAUAAUAUUUUUCGAGUUUCAAACUGCCUGUAGUUAGAAUGUAAACUAAGUUAUGCAUUUAAAAUAGAAUUAUAAUGUACAAAUUAAGUCUACAUGGGUUAAUGAAAAGCUCAUGCAUAAUGUGAUUAUUACGUCUAGGUGUUAUAAUAAAAAUUGAUGAAUGAAUGUUUGUAAAAGAUGUCUGUGUAUCAUAAUUGGAAUGCAAGUUAAUGUUUAUAAUUUAACGACUCUAAGACGUCCGUAGUUUGUAUAAUAUUAUAUUAGACAUAUCUUAACAGGAAUGAGAACGAUUAAUAGGUAUUCGUUUAUUAUUAUAUAAACCUAAAUAUUUUUUUAUAUAAAUACAAUAAUAAAUAUUCUGAAUAAGAA